UGGGGCCUCAUUGCAGUGGGUUGGGGAGAGAGUGGUCUGUAUGCGUGGUUUUGAGCUGAUUCCGUUUGUGGGUUUCGUGAUCGGGGUAUAGAUGUGGUCGUGGACGAAUUUUGUGUGGUGUUUGCGGUGGCUUGAUUAAGGUGGUGGCGUGUAUUGUUGUUGAGGUUGAGUGAGCUUGAGAGUUGGAGUUUCUUCACCCUUUUGUUUCUUUUCAGUAGAGUCUAUGCGAAUUUCGAAUUGUGUGCGAUGGGUGGACUGUAGUGUGGUUGUAACAGAUCGCUACUGCUGCAGUUUUGUGGAAAUUUGGCUCGCUGCGUCUUCUCGAUGCAAUAGAUCGUUGAGGCGAUUCAUGCUGGCAUAGGCAAAUUAUCUAAAUGUGAUAACGUACUUGUAGCGAGCAGGAUGCAUUUGGACAGAGAUCGGACAUUUUGUUAAUCAGAUUUCUGCUAAUUAUGGCUUUUAAUCUUGAGUUCAUUCUCAUGCAAUUUUUUUACUUUGCGAUAGUCAGGGUGACCUCUACAGCAAGGUUUACGCUUUCCUAGCUGUAGAUCCCGAUUCACCAUAUUCAACUAUUCCAAGACAAUAUUGAUUGUUGAGUUGGUUCAUAUAUAUAUAUAUAUAUAUAUAUAUAUAUAGAGAGAGAGAGAGAGAGAGAGAGAGAGAGAGAGAUGCUGAGGGACAAGCUGUCGAAGCCGAAACCCGAACGAAUCAUGAAAACCACUAAGGAUGGUCAUUUAGUCAAUGGGCUUUAUAACGAUGAAUAUCCGGUCACCAAACAUAAAGGAGCCAACAGAGUUCCAUUCAUAAUUGGAGUGGCUGGAGGCACUGCAUCUGGGAAGACAACUGUAUGUAAUAUGAUCAUUCAACAGCUUCAUGAUCAUCGUGUAGUUCUUGUAAACCAAGACUCGUUUUAUCGGGGCUUAACAUCGGAAGAAAAAGCGAAAGUAGGGGAUUACAAUUUUGAUCAUCCAGAUGCGUUUGAUACGGAGCAGCUACUUGAAUGUUUGGAGACUUUGAAAGCUAACCAGCCAAUUAAUAUACCUGAGUACGAUUUCAAGAGGCAUCAACGCUGCACUGACAAGUUCCGCAAGGUAAAUGCGUCUGAUGUCAUUAUCUUGGAGGGGAUACUAAUCUUUCACGAUGUUCGAGUUCGUGAAUUCAUGAAUAUGAAGAUCUUUGUUGACACAGAUGCUGAUGUUAGGUUAGCAAGACGGAUAAGGCGGGACACCCUGGAAAGGGGCAGGGAUGUCAAUGGUGUUAUUGAGCAGUACGGGAAGUUUGUGAAACCCGCUUUUGAUGAUUUUGUGUUACCCACAAAGAAGUAUGCGGAUGUAAUCUUGCCUCGUGGAGGAGACAAUCACGUGGCUAUCGAUCUCAUUGUGCAACAUAUACGCACCAAACUUGGUCAACACGAUCUUCGCAAGAUAUACCCUAAUGUUUUUGUGAUUCAGUCUACCUUCCAGGUUCGGGGGAUGCAUACAUUGAUUCGUGAUCAAGAUACAAAAAAACAUGACUUCGUCUUCUAUUCUGAUCGUCUAAUUCGAUUGGUAGUAGAGCAUGGAUUAGGUCAUUUGCCAUUUACGGAAAGGAUCAAUAUAUGUUGGAGUGGAUUUUUGCAAACAACUUUGUGGUGUAUCCAUAAUAAGGAGUUGAUCUACGAAAAAUUGCCGCGUGACAUAGCUGAACGACAUGUACUACUAAUGGACCCUAUUCUGGGAACAGGAAAUUCUGCAAUUCAAGCUAUAUUAUUGCUUCUGCAAAAAGGAGUCCCAGAAUCCCACAUCAUAUUUUUGAAUCUUAUAUCGGCUCCGGAAGGUAUUCAUGCUGUGUGCAAGAAGUUCCCUCUUUUGAAGAUUGUUACUUCAGAGAUUGAUGCUGGGUUGAACGAUGAAUUUCGUGUAGUACCUGGUAUGGGUGAAUUUGGAGACCGCUACUUUGGUACAGAUGAUGAUGGACCAGAGCAGAUGUACAUGUUUCCAAUAGAAACGAAGUCCUCACAAGCACAGAGUCCGGCUCUGGAGAUCCUAAGCAACGGCAAGAGGUAAAAAAGAAAUAAAAAGUUGAAAUACGUCUUCAUGAAUUUAGAGAAUUAUUUCUUAGUAAAAUACAACAAAUAGAAAUAUCGAUUCAUUUGGUGCAAUUUUUAAUUAAUUUCAUAAUUGAUUUCAACUAUGUUUGAUUUAACUCUACUUAUAUCAUUAUGAUUGUAAAUUGUAUUUUGCAA